CAGCAAACCAUGUUACUCUAAUGUUUUAGAUAUGGAGGGAUGAGUUUCUUGUUUGGGAUCCUGAAGAGUUUGAUGGACUCACUGAAAUUUCGCUGUCCUCAGAUGCCAUCUGGGUGCCUGAUAUCAUCAUAAGCGAAUUCGUGGAUGUUGGUAAAUCCCCGGUCAUCCCAUAUGUUUAUGUCAACAGUUCAGGAACAGUAAAAAACUACAAACCCAUGCAGGUGGUCUCGGCCUGUCACCUGGAGAUUUUUGCAUUUCCCUUUGACAGGCAGAACUGCACUUUGACCUUUCGCAGCUGGCUCCAUUCAGUGAAUGAAUUGGAUUUAGCUCUGUGGAGGUCGGCUGAGGAAAUCGCCAGUCAAUUCAAAGAGUUCAUGAAUGACAGUGAAUGGGAGCUGCUGUCUAUUCCUUCUCACUACUGGACUUUGAAUAUAGAUGACCGGGAGUAUGCCCACAUUCAGUUUAAUGUGUUGAUUCGCAGGCGCCCCCUGCAGUACGUGGUAAGUCUUCUCAUCCCCAGUAUCUUCUUCAUGGUUGUGGAUGUCAUCAGCUUUUACUUGCCACCAAACAGUGGAAUUCGUGUCACCUUUAAAACCAGCAUUCUUCUUGGCUACACCAUGAUCAGAGUCAAUCUAAUGGACGAAAUCCCUGCUACGGCCAUUAAAACGCCCCUUAUUGGGAUUUUCUUUGCUGUCUGUAUGGCACUGCUGGUGCUCAGUCUGGCAAAGUCCAUUUUCGUGGUCAAGCUUUUGCAUUACAGCGAGAGCGAUGUCAAAAAGAUGUCCAUAUCUGCUUGUUUACUCGACAAAUACGGCUCAACAGACCAGAGCUUUAAUGAGAGUGCGUUCACUUCAGUGAAGACGCUGUAUGAUGUGGAUCAGUCAGGGGGCUACGAGUUAGAUUUUUCUUCAGAGACAGAUCUGGUGUCCCUCACGGAUGACGCUCACAGUGACUCUCCACUUGAGAAAAUCUUACAGGAGAUGGUGUAUCUCAAAAUGUGCCUUCAGGAGGAGGACAAUGAACGCAGUGCAAACGCUUACUGGGUGGCGCUGUGCCUUAAAGUAGACAAGCUCCUCUUUCGAGUUUACGUGAUGCUUGUGCUGAUCUACUCUAUGACUCUGCUGCUGCUUUGGAGUGGAUGGAGCUCGGUGUGAAACUCUGAAAGUAGCGGUAGUAGUUAAGCGGUUUAGUUAAGAGAGGUAAUGGA